AUGCCAAUAGUCCACCUCUCCUACACAUCGCUCAUCAACAAGCCCGGCGCUUCGCCUGUGCUCACGGUGCCACAGAUCUGGGCCGGCCUGCAGCGCAAAGUGCGCUUCGCACAGGAAUUCGUGCCGGCCAUCGAGAGUUGCACGGUGCUCGAGGAGAGAGAGGAUGGAACUGUGGUCCGCGAUGUCAAGUUCAGAGAGGGUACGGGGCUGAAACCACUGGCGAGGGAGACGGUUAGGGAGUACUGGCCAAGCUGGGUUGAUUUCGAGCAAGAAGACGGAACCCACAUCCGCAAUGUUGUCUCUGAUGGACCGUCCGGCGAGCCGGAGGAUUUGCAUAUGACGUAUAUGUUUGAGUUUGAUCUUCCUCAUGCUCAUGGGAGUGAGGAUCAGGAGAAAGAAACCAAGAAGCUGAAGGGCAUGGCGAAGAUGGCGGUAGAGAAGAGUAUCGAUACGAUUCGGGACAUGGUGAAGGAUGGGCGAAUUGCGAAGUAG